UCGGAAUCCAAACGUGGCGCAAACAGGAAACCCGGCCCUAGUGACGCGGCCUCGACAGCAUUCCUGAAUUUCCGAGGGCACAUUUCGCUAUCAUCAGCGCUGCUGCCGUGACCGAAUGGACGGCGCCGGAGAAUACAUUUUAUCGGAACAGGUGCGUGCCGAUGGCGAAGUCACGACGGCUUCUCUUUCCACCGCAGGCGAAUUGCGCUGGAGUGGACGCCGGCUGGAUGUGGAGAAAGAGGUCCUCGGCUUCUCCGUCGAUGGAUAUAAGAUCAAAAUUAGAGCCGCUGUGCGAGAUGAGAGUGGAGUCUGUUGCUUUGGCGUCGAGGAUGCUCUGAUUAGAAAAACCUACGUUCUCGAGCUCUUUUCGGAUGAAUCUCUACGCACUUGGACUGAAAGCUUUCAGAAGUACCUUGAUUCUCUAGGUAGGCCGAAGAAGCUAUUCGUAUUUGUGAAUCCGCACGGAGGGAAGAAAUCAGCCUCCAAGAUCUUUGACAAGGAUGUGAAGCCUUUACUUGAUGACGCCAAUAUCGAUUACACCGUUCAAGAAACUAAAUACCAGCUUCACGCUAAGGAAGUUGUCGAGUCCCUUGAUCUAUCAAGGUAUGACGGCCUUGUUUGCGUUAGUGGCGACGGAAUUCUAGUUGAGGUACUAAAUGGGCUGCUCGUCAGGGAAGAUUGGAAUAAUGCAAUAAAGACCCCUCUCGGAGUAAUACCUGCAGGAACUGGAAAUGGCAUGGCAAAGUCGCUUCUAGACUCAUGUGGUGAACCCUGUGCAGCAUCCAAUGCUACCCUUCUAAUCAUCCGUGGGCAUAGGCGUUUGUUGGAUGUAGCGACGGUAUCUCAAGAGAACACCAGAUUUUUCAGUGCAUUGAUGUUGGCAUGGGGUCUAGUGGCUGAUAUUGAUAUUGAAUCUGAGAAAUACAGAUGGAUGGGAAGUGCACGGUUUGAUGUAUAUGGCCUCAUACGAGUAUUUCGUCUCAGGAAGUAUGAUGGUAAUAUACUCUUUGUACCAGCUUCUGGAUUUGAAUCUUAUGGAGAAACAUUAGAUCUUGAAAGUGUAAUCACCAUCGAAGGCGAAAAUGAAACCAAGUCUAAUGAUGGGAAGGUUAAAACUCUGGAGAAAGGUUAUGAGGGUCCUAAAUUUGACCUGAAGAGUUUAAACUGGAGAAAAAUUGAUGGCCCUUUUGUUUCAAUCUGGCUUCAUAAUGUACCCUGGGGAAGUGAAAGCACUAUGGCUGCUCCCGACGCUAAGUUUUCCGAUGGUUUUUUGGACCUCAUCAUGAUAAAGGACUGUCCCAAAAUUUCCUUGCUAAAGUUGUUGACUGAGCUGAACAAUGGCGGCCAUGUCAAGUCCCCGUAUGUAUCUUACUUAAAGGUUAAAGCUUUCAUGUUGCAGCCAGGGCCACGACACGGUAACCCUGCCAAAUCUGGAAUUAUAGAUGUCGAUGGCGAAGUUAUUGCCAGAGGGAUAGGGGCAUAUAAAUGUGAAGACGCGACGCUGAUGAGAUACGAUCAACUGCUCAUCAAAGUCGACCAGGGGCUGGCCACUUUAUUUGCUCCUAAGUAAAGAUCAUAUCGAAAUCGGUUUGCAGUUGCGCUCUGCAUCUUCUUGACCUUUCUUUGUAUAGAAACUUUGCUUGGUAUUUAUUCUCUUGUCAAGUUAUAAUCAACUCAGUCUCAAGUGUUGUAAGGUUCAUUAUACCCGGACAGAUGUUUUAACUUUAUAUUUAUACAGCGAUAUCAAAACCAUCAGAACUCAUGACUAAAUAAAUAGUCAUUUGGUAUUUAUUUAUACAAUUCCACCAAUAUCUAUAUAGUUUGUUAGUUUACUUA